GUCUCGGCAGUCCUGGCAGGGCCGCCAUUUUUGCAAAGGGAAAAGAGACUGCUUUUGAGGGGAUCUAAUUUCUAAAAGUCGCUCUUGAUCGGCGUAUAGUUUUUUUUCCCUCAACGGUUCCCCUCUCGAUCCCGGCGCCAACCCUGUGCAGCACUGGAGGCGGGGGUUUUGGACUUGGGGAAGAGGACUAUCUCUGAGGAGCGGGCAAAUGUAAACGUUUUAGAAGAGCUUCGCUAGUGAUCCGCAGUGUGUGGACACAAGUAUUGUUUUGGUUGUGGAAGCUGUGUGGAGAGCGAGGGUCUCUCCCUGGACCCUUAUUCGCUACCACUGGACGUGGGCAUUAGACGGCCUUGUGGAUGCACUUAGAUGUCUGCAAUGACUGCUGUGGCUGGCAUGCCUCAGUGUUUUGGACUCCCAUUCUUUGGACUCUGUAGGACAAGAACUGAUCAGCAGAGAACGUCAUGAGCAUAGUCAUCCCAGUAGGGGUGGACACAGCAGACGCCUCGUACCGGGAUAUGGCUGCAGGCUCAGAACCAGAGUCGGUGGAGGCCAGCCCUGUGGUGAUAGAAAAGUCCAGCUACCCACACCAGAUCUAUAGCAGCAGUUCUCACCAUUCCCACAGUUAUAUUGGCCUGCCUUAUGCUGACCAUAACUAUGGGGCGCGGCCCCCACCCACGCCGCCGGCCUCGCCUCCCCCCUCCAUGUUGAUCCGGCAAGGAGAUGGGGGGUUGUUUGUUCCGGGGGGCCAGGACGAAGCAUCCACAGGCACCACACUCAGCACUUCCGAGGAUGGCAGCUACGGAGCCGACAUCACCCGCUGCAUCUGCGGCUUCACCCACGACGACGGCUACAUGAUCUGCUGUGACAAGUGCAGUGCCUGGCAGCACAUCGACUGCAUGGGCAUAGACAGGCAGAACAUUCCUGAGACGUACCUGUGCGAACGCUGCCAACCGCGACACCUAGACCGAGAGAGGGCCAUCUUGCUGCAGACCAGAAAAAGAGAAUGUUUGUCAGACGGGGACACUAGUGCUACAGAGAGUGGCGAUGAGGUGCCUCUGGAGCUGUACUCAACCUUCCAACACACGCCGACCACCAUCACCCUCACCACUGGGCGCCUUGGCAACAAGCAGGCUGACAAGAAGCGCAAAAAGAGCGGUGAAAAGGAGUCGCCGGCAUCUUCCGCCCGAGCUAAGAAGGCCUUCCGAGAGGGCUCCAGGAAGUCCUCCAGAGUAAAGGGUGCAGCUCCAGAGCAGGACCCGACAGAGCACCCGUCUCUGUGGGAAAAUAAGAUUAAGGCAUGGAUGGAGCGCUACGAAGAAGCCAACAGCAACCAGUACAGCGAGGACGUCCAGGUGCUGCUUCGCGUCAAAGAGCAAGGCGACGGAAAGAGCCUGGCCUACAAUACACAUCUUGCCUCCUUCAAACCCCCGGUGGAGAGUCAAGUUCAGAAGAAUAAGAAGAUCCUUAAGGCCGUGAGGGACUUGGUCACAGAUUCCCUCAUCAUUGAGUACAGGGGCAAGUUCAUGCUUCGACAGCAGUUCGAAGCCAACGGGUACUUCUUCAAGAGACCUUACCCCUUUGUCUUAUUUUACUCCAAAUUUGAUGGAUUGGAGAUGUGCGUUGACGCUCGCAGCUUUGGCAAUGAGGCGCGCUUCAUCCGCCGCUCCUGCACCCCUAAUGCAGAGGUGCGGCACGUCGUUGAAGAUGGCAUGUUGCACUUGUACAUCUACUCGCUGAGGCCCAUCUCCAAAGGCACAGAGAUCACCAUUGGUUUUGAUUUUGACUACGGCAACUGCAAAUACAAGGUGGACUGUGCCUGUGUGAAGGGCAACCCGGAGUGCCCCGUGCUCAAGCACAACAUGGAGCCCACUGAAAACCUAGGCUCUGGAGGCCGGCGUCGGGGCAGUCGCAAGGACAAGGACGUGGAGCCAGAGGACCUGGGUCAGAACCAGAAUAUGGGUGUAGAUGGCGAAGGAAAGGGCAAAAGUGUGGGCGACUGCAAACAAAGGAAACUCUCUCCAUUGCGCCUCUCCAUCUCAAACAACCAGGAUCCCGACUUAUUUGAGGAUCUAGAAGACAAAACAUCCAUUAGCAAUGAAGUAGAGAUGGAGUCAGAGGAGCAGAUUGCAGAGAAGAGGAGGAAGAUGACACGAGAAGAGAGGAAGAUGGAGGCCAUCCUGCAAGCCUUCGCUCGGAUGGAGAAGAGGGAGAAGCGCCGGGAGCAAGCCUUAGAGCGGAUCGGGAGUGUCAAGACUGAGGUUGGCGGACGCAGUGACAUCAAGGAAGAGCCUCCGGCCACUCCAGAAAUGGCAGAUUCUCCCUCCGUAAUCCAGCCUCUCCUGGAGGUAAAAGAGGAGCCAGGAGUGAAGCCAGCCAAGGUCAAAGGAUCCCGCAACAGGAAAAGUUUCUCUAGAAACCGCACGCACAUUGGCCAGCAGCGACGACGUGCUCGCACUAUCAGCACCUGCUCCGACUUAGCCCCGUUGAGUCCUGUGGAGCCCGUGGAGCCUCUGAGCAGUGAAACCCCCGAGGGAGAGCCCCCUAGUUUGCCAGAGCCAGAGGCCGUCUCUGCCCAGGCGCCCGACACCAGUCCCCCACACAGCAGCUCGCCUGCGCCCGAGCGAAACCGCUCUGGGAGCAAGAGCUUUAAAACUAAAAAGCACUUUGUCAGUGAGUGGGUAGGAGAGAAACAACUGGAUUGUCCGGCGGCGCGCACCCCAGAGCCGGUGCCUGAGCGGCCGCUCCGGAUCAGCAGUGACCCCGAAGUACUUGCCACCCAGCUCAACGCCCUCCCGGGCCUGGCCUGCUCGCCACAGGUCUACAGCACGCCCAAACACUACGUCAGAUUCUCGUCCCCCUUCCUGGCUAACCGCAGCCCCACGACCCCCGGAGUCCCCACUGGGAGACGACGCUCCAGAGAACUGCCAGAAACGCCUACGUCCACUGGCUCCUGCAAGAAGCGAUGGUUAAAGCAAGCUUUAGAAGAGGAGGGGUCCACCAGCCCGGCCAGAAGACCGAGUCUCUUCAUGCCCACUGAAUGUCCGCUCAGCCCCUCCAUCAAUGGAGACUCGGACAGCCCCCUUCCCUACAACGGGUCCUGUCCACUGCCUGAGUUGCCCACACCUUUAAAAAAGCGACGGUUGAGUCCCUUAGACGCCUGCAUGUCUGAGAGCUCCACCCCCUACGGCUCCCCUUGUGCCACACCCACCCGAGGCGACCAAUCGGAGACAUCCGCCCCGCCCGUAUUGUCGGCCACACCGCCACGUCCCAGAAACGAUGAGACUGUCAUGGAGCAUUCUGCCAGCACCCCAACGCAAACACCUAACACGCCCCAGGAGAGUGAAUCUUCAACAGAAAGCUCGCCAGAUGUUAACAUGAAACCAACUUUGUUAGAAGCUGAGCGUCCUCCUUCGUUGGUCCUGUCUCCUUCUACCCAGGCACCAAGCACUGAUGUGGUUCCGCCUGAAGCCAAGACGUCAGUGCCUGGCAGUCCGCAGCCCCCAGCCAUUGACUCGGUUGACUUUACAGAGGACCGAGCUGAUGUGGGGACCGUCGAGGACGGUUGUGAGGUUACCUCCUCUGCCGAAACGUGUGCUUCCUCUUUCCCCUGCUGGAUCAAGAGCCCAGAGAGAGUCCCGACCGUCCCUGCUGGCCUGAACUUCUCUCCCAUCAACUCCAACCUUAAGGACCUUACCCCCUCGCACACACUAGAGCCCUUGCCUGCUCCCUUCAGGCCAGAAGCUUCAGUGGGGCCCGUGGCAGGGGCGUCCUCUCAGCCACCCUUCAGCGAGGGACAGGGGCCACUUUUUUUCCCCUGUUCCGACGAUGCAAGUUCGGGCGGUUUCUCACGCUCUUUACAUGGGGAAGGCACUUGUGAGGGUGUGGGGUCUGCGCAGAACCCUCCACAGAAGAAAAAGGUGUCCCUGCUGGAAUACAGGAAGCGACAGCGCGAAGCUCGCCGCAGUGGUUCCAAGACGGAGUGCAGCUCCCCUGUGUCCACCGUGCCCCCUUUAAGCAUGGACACUUUCCCUGUCACCAUGGUGACCACCAGUGAGGCCGACCUACCUCCGCCACCUCCUGCAGCGCUCUGCACCGUCAAGGAACCUCCGACGACCGAGGAGGUGGACAGCCCGGAGGAGCGGGAGGGAGGAGAAGGACAAUGGACGUCAUCCACAUUUGUUGAGCAGGCGCGGGAACGCAGCUACCACAGAGCGUUGUCGCUCAGCAAGGACAAAGACACAGAUGGUGAAGCUGAGGGUGGAGAGACACCUGCAUCGAGAGAUUGUCCGUCCCCGGGACCCCAGAGGACCCCAACGCAUGCACCGGGCUCUCCUGGUCCUGCGCCACCUUCCUGCUGGCCAACAAAGGAGGAAGAUGGCGACAGUCAGUCUCGAGCGACCAACACAGCCCUCCAGCUGCCCAGCAAGCCCAAAUCAGCCCCAGUCACCCCAACCAAGCUGCACCCGGCACCCCUGCCCUCCUCGCCAGUGCACUACCCAGGAUCUGCUCUCCUCCACACCCAGUCGCAGGGCUCGCCCUACCGCAGCCAAAGGGCGCUCUUCUCCUCCCAGCCCCAAAACCAAGCCACGCCACAGGCGCCGGCGUCGUCGUUCCACCAAUACAGCUCGCAGGACACCUCGCCACCGCCCCCGCCUCCGCCGCCAGCUCCCCCGGUCUCUUCUGCCUACUUUCCCAGUCAGGCUCCCUCCCCUGCGGGCUCCUUCCCUGGGUUCAAACCAGCGGUCACGUCCCCCUACCCUCCUGGCUCACAACCCAUGAUGCAGACUCUCCCUCACAGCGUGCACUACCAGAGUUCAGUGGCCUCGCCUCCUCCUCCGCCGCCGCCACCGCCGCCGCCCCCCCACCACAUGACCAGCCCGACCCUGGUGCAUGUAAACCUACAGCCCCCACCAAUCCAGCAGCACCAGCUCCUGCUCACCACUGCCCCCCCGCUGCAGCAAGGCCAGCCCUCGCAGUCUCUCACCCCUCCUCCCCCGCCGCCACCCCCGCCCCCAUCCGGUGGAGCCCACCACUUUCAGACCUUGGGUGGGUUUCAGACGGCGUUGCUUCACCCCACCGCCACUGCCAACCCCUCGGUGCCCCCUUCCUCAUACCCCUCCUCCCUUCAGCAGGCUGGACUACCGCCGCCUCCUCCUCCUCCCCCACAACAGACUCAGCAAGGUGCGGCCCCGGCCGGCACUUCUCCGAUGCCCGCUGGCACACGCGGAGCACCCACCUCCUCGACGCCCUUCCACAGUUCGGGUUACUUGAGCACGGGGUGGCAUUGAACUCUGAGGACGAUGUGUGGGGUCAGGGGGCGUGUACCUUAAAGUGUAGAUAGGUUUUCUAUGGCCAGUGGAAAAACAGUUAUUGUUGGAUAAAAGGGUAUUUAAAAAUAAUAGGACUGACAUAAAAGGCAAACUUUACAAGAUGGACGACCCCCCUCGGUGCUCUUAGCGCUCUCGUCUUUUUAUACAGCCUUCCUUCCUGUCCCGGGUAGGGGAGGGGCACUCUAUCAUGUGUCUUGUUUGGGCUCCCGUUGUUCGACCCUCGCACUUUGUUUAAUGGACAUUCCAGCCUAUAGCCCUUCCCCUCCUCUUCCUUCUUCUUCUUCUAUCGUCUGUCUAUCCUUUUGUUUUAUUUGUUGAACCUAGCAAACUCAAAGCUUUGUUUUGUAUAGAGAGGAAGAAAAAAACCCGUAUUUUGUUUACUUCCGCUAUCAAUAAAUAUCUGUUCACCGCUGCAGAGAUGAAGAACGAUUUUCGUGGGGCCACCUCAGUGGGCUACCUGCAUGUGUGUGUGCGCGUAUGUGUGUGUGUGAGCGUGUGUGUUUGUGGUGGUCCUCUGAGGGUGGUCAGGCCCGCAAGUAGGACGUUAGCAGUUUAUUUUUGAAUAUCAGGCAUCACUUGUAGAAAGUGUAAUUUAAUGUAUAGGUGGUUACUCCAGCUUUCACCAGGAAACGUUUGUAAAUAUUGGCUUCUUUUUUUUUUUUCUACGCUUGUACAAUUCGCUCCCAUGCCUGCCCCCCCCUCCAUUUUUUAAAAAAGAUAAUGGUUGUACAUACUGUACGAACGCUCUUCUUGGCAUAAGCUGAAUGUUUCUGUGACUGUAGCAUAAUUUUUUAUUUCAACCUUCUCUGGACUCUUGUCCUUUAUUUUUCAUUAUUGUUAUUAUUAUUAUUAUUAUUAUUAUUAUUAUUAUUUGUGUGUGUGAGUGUGUUUGUGGCGAGGGGAGGAGCUCACAGACACUGCACUGGUUGGCUAUUUUCAUGGUUCAUUAUAAUAAAUCACUGUAAUAACAGUUUUAUAAGA